AUCCAAAUCCAUGGAAUCUCUCCAGGACACAAUGCCAUGCUCAAAACCCAAACUUCUAUUGUCAUUCACCUCAUCCAUAGACCAGUCUUGCUCAAGCUUGAUAAAGCUGUGCUCCUACUCUUACUGCACACCAGACUUUAACAAAGAGUUCAGUGACCUGGAACAGGAGAGGCAAGUGGUUCAGUCUCCUCAGCCGUCAAUGUCAAGAAAGGAGGUCAUUGACCUUGGAGACAUUCCAACUGCAAUUUGGGACCAAUCAAAAAAUAUGGAAUUCCAUAAAAAAGCCUCAAUGGCAGUGAGCCAGAUCAUGGAAACCACUGUGAAGGAGAUCACCACACUUUUUGAUUCCAAAAUCUGCACCAUUUACCAAGGACCACUUGAGAAACUUGAUGAACAAAGCAUGCCACUGGAGCCCUCCAUAAAGCUCCCACACAACACUGGUGAGGCAGCAUCUGGUGUGGUAGAUAUCAUCUUGGAGGGCGUGCAGACUGUAAUUGAUCCCAACAAGGAUUUUUUCAAUACUCUCACAGACCCUACACUCUUUCGGGAGCAAGUCCAAUUGGUUUCCCACAUUAUUCUUCAAAUGGUCCAAGCUAAAUUGAAGGAAAUGUUCACUGUACAACUGCUCCUUAACACUGAAAGCGACAUCGGAUUUAGUCAACACGGUGUAGUAACCAGUGCAAAAGAGAUCCUGAGCCGGAUCUUGGUGAACAUCAAGGAGGGACUGCCAACAUGCGAGUUGAAAGGGUCCAGGGAGGCACUCGCAAAGCAGUUUUUGGACUCACUAAUCCAUAACCUCAAGCUACUGAUAACCAGGGAUUUGGAUCAACAGCCAGAACAAGGUGCCCCCAGCUGCUUUGUUGAACAGAGAGUGGCUGACAUUAGUGCCUCAAUUAUUCCAGAGACUAGAUGCAGCACUUCUCUAGAGCUGGAAUGUAUGGUUGCUGAUGUUAGGCCUAUAACAACUAAUUUGUAUCAUGCUAUUGUGGAGACGGCGAACGUCCUCUCUAAGGAUUCAAUUCACUUCUUGUCCAAGACUGUGCUCAUUGAAAAGGCCCAGCAGGUAAUGCUAGAUUCCAGCAGCACCAAUAUACUACGCCUGGCAGUCAGUAAUUCACAGAUGGCUGUUCAGAAAUCAUGCCCUGGGAAGGAGGACCUUGAGAAACAACUUGUUUUGGAUUUUGUAAAGACAUCAGUAGGGAACCUACUCCAGAAGUGUUUGGGUUUAAAUGCUUCCCAAGAUGAAUCUCAACCCUCUCAGCACCCUUCCUCCGGCUCUAGCCAGAAGUCUCUUCGCUCCAUCCCUGGCUGGGUGUUGUCGAAGCUGAAGGGUACUAAGACAAGUGUGGAAACUGUCUCUGCAACAGCCCUGAUCACAACAGCUAUGGUCCAGGAAGUAAUGGGCUCUGUCCCACUGACCAGAUAUCCGUCAGUGGAUACAAGUGUUUGCCUCAGCAAAGAUCCUUCAAAUAUGUAUUUGCCGCUUGAGGAUAUUCAUUGUUAUGAGGAGCUAGUAAGAGAAUGUGACAUAGGAGAAAUGGCUAAGAAAUGUUUGGCCACUGAGGCUGACCGUCCAGAAACAGGACUGAAAACUGUAAACUGGUGCGAAUGAGUCCCCCAUUUCAUGGGUCUUUGUCAAAAAAAAGCACAGACAAUGUCCCGUGUAAGUCUGUCUAAAAGUCUGGCUUCGGACAACACUAAUUCUCAGGAAGAUGUACAAGAAUUUCAGGCCACUUCAAGUCUAUGCACGGUGGCAAGAACCCCAUCCCCAGUGGAAUCGAUGGCCAAUGGGUCUAU